AUUUUCCUCGCAUAUAAGAUCAACAAGAAUGUUUAACCAGCAAUCCCGCGGUACUUUCCCAAUUGCCAAUCUUCAACCAUGCUACUCUCUGUCAUUGUACUCUUUACAGCUCUAGCCCGAGCGGCCCAAGCAGGAACCCACCUGCCCGGACCAUCCGGACCAUGCAGAGUACAGGCAACACAUGUGAAACUGCUUGAUAGCUCGCGUGUCGAUCCCUUCAGCCCUACCCAUGACAAACGAGAGAUCAUGGCAACUUCAUACGUGCCCAUUAAUUGCGGACACACCAAAUUCGAGUCUUAUCUUACUCCACACACAGAAGCAGUAACAGACCAGCUGUUUCGAUCCUACGGGAUGCCUAAUUGGACAACAAUAAAAGGAUUUCAGAUCGAGUCCGGGUUUGACUCUAAUUCCGGCACGACGCCUAGUGACGGAAAAUAUCCCGUCGUCAUUUUCUCCCCAGGCUUAACAGGAUCCCGAUUGUAUUACUCCUUAAUCCUCGAGUCGGUAGCCAGCACAGGCAUGGUGGUAGUCUCAGUGGACCACCCCUAUGACGCCUCGAGUGUGGAUUUCCCCGACGGCAGCGUUAUCUACGGUACCAACCUCUCUGCAGCCGACCCUGUCGCCUUGAACACCCGCGUCCAGGACGUCAUCUUCACCUUGGACCAACUGCACGACAACCCACACCUCAUACCAUCCUCAUUGACAGGGACCCUCGAGCUUGAUAAAGUCGCAAUAGUAGGCCACUCAUUCGGUGGUGCGACAGCCGCAGCCGCAAUGCUGAACGAGACCCGGUUUGCUGGCGGGCUGAACUUCGACGGAGCACUCUGGGGCCCAGUACUCGAAGAGGGUCUCGAUCGGCCUUUUAUCAAUUUUGGACAGGCGAACAUCACGCGACAAGGUAAUGAUAGCUGGGAGAAGAUCUGGCCACGUCUCCGGGGAUUCAAGCGACUGCUUCAGUUAUCUGAGUCAGUGCACUUCACUUUCACGGAUUUUCCAUUGAUUCGGGAUGCCUCUGGGUGGCCUGUCGAGGUGAAGCAGGGUACGUCGGAGUUGUUAGGUUCGCUUUCCGGGCUGCGGGUGAGGGCUAUUUUGACGGAGUAUAUCGUUGCGUCGGCUACAUUUUUUAUUACUGGGGAGAGGAGUAAGCUCUUGGAUAGACCGUCGAGUGACUAUCCUGAGGUGAGGUAUGUGGCUUAGCUUCAAGGUUGACAGGGGAGUGGAGGUGUAUACUACUAAGGUCUGGUUCUGGCUUUUUAUUCUUGAAAGGACUUGACUACUUAGAGUAUAUUGGUUUAAUGGAAUAGAAACAAACGGGUUAGAUAGUUUAAUGUACAGUUCUAUGUAGUCUAUCGCAACUGCUAUCGAACAAAGAUAAAAACGCAAAUCCACGAAUGGAGGUGAGCCUUCA